UUGCUUGUGCUUUCUUAUCUUCAUAGUUGGUUUUUACUUUAUUCUUAGUAUUAGUUUCAAUUCAUUUUAUACUUUCACUCGCUUUUAUUGUUUUUCCGUGAUGGUUUUUACAAGCUGCUCAGGUGUUUCUUUCCACUUGCUUUUCCGUUACAUUUUCUUGUUCCAAAUUGACAACCUUUCGUCUUUUUAUCUUUUUUUUAAAAAAAAAUCUCAUAAAAUUAUGCAUUAUCGGAAUAUACCAAUUAUCAACAUAUCAUCUUAUUAUAUGGAUGGGUAUAUUCAGAUUAUGAAUGAAAGAGCGUAUGGUAGGUCCCUAAUAUCAGCUUGAAUACAUGACUAUAUGCACUUUCAUUACUGUGAG